AUGCAUUUUUCAAAACUUAUUGCAAUAAGUUUAGAUGACGAAAAAAAAUUCAAUACUUUUAGUUCAAAUAUCAGUAGUUAUACACCGUUAGAUAGAAAGUUGAGAUGGUUUUAUGACUACUCGCUAGCAGUGUUGAAAGCAAAACGGAAAUCUGUUGUUGAAGCUGAAGACUUAUUCGGGAAAUAUGCAGAAAGUGGUCGUUUUAAUGACAAUAACCAUUUGAAAAUGUUACAAAAAUUAGUGGAGGAAGGUGAAACACCAGAAUUUACUGGCAAAGCCAUCGUUGCAUUAGCUACCGAUCGAAAUUUGCUGAAGAAAACGGGAAGAAUUUGGACAACGGCGGAUCUUGGCAUUGACUAUGGUUUUCGUGACGUCAAUGGCAGGCAACCAGAUAGUAUCCGCGGAUUGAAGUAUGUUCUUGGACAGGUGGGCUUAUCUCAUAUUGGGGCACUUUUCCCACUCUGGUUCCGGAUACCCGGAUGGUUGAUGACUGCCGUAAUGAGUCGUCUUUGA